CCUUUUCCCAUCUUGUAUCUAUAGUUCCAUACUCCAUAGAGUUCAAGAAAUGUCGAAAUUCCUAAAAGUCUAAAAAACCCUAGAUUAAGGAAUUGGGAAAUUCCUCUUCUCUUCCGUUCAAUUCAUCACUCCGUUCGACAACACUCAUUGAAUCUUGAUUGUUGUUUUGCAUGAUUGUUUGGUCCACAAUCUGUCGCUGCUGCCACCAGAACCGUUGAAAGAUGCCGCCAAAACAGUCGAAAGCCGAUAUUGCGAAGAAGCAGAAGUUAGUUGAGGAUAAGACAUUUGGUCUUAAGAACAAGAGCAAGAGUAAGAGUGUCCAGAAAUAUGUUCACAGCCUCCAAUCAUCCGUCCAACCUAAAAUUGACCCUAAAAAGACUGAAGCUAAGAAAAAGAAGGAAGAAGAGAAGGCUAGGGAGAAAGAGCUGAACGAUUUGUUUAAGAUUGCUGUUACCCAGCCCAAAGUUCCAGUUGGUGUUGAUCCAAAGUCUAUACUGUGCGAAUUUUUUAAGGCAGGGCAGUGUUCAAAAGGUUUUAAAUGCAAAUUUUCACAUGAUUUAAAUGUGCAGAGGAAAGGAGAGAAGAUUGACGUGUACACAGAUAAGCGUGGUGAUGAAGGAACAAUGGAGGAAUGGGAUCUAGAAACCUUGGAAAAAGCUAUUGCUGAGAAGAGUAAGGAGUACAAUCAGAACAAACCAACCGAUAUUGUGUGUAAACAUUUUCUGGAUGCAGUGGAGAGAAAACAAUAUGGUUGGUUCUGGUCAUGUCCAAAUGGUGGUACGAAAUGUAUGUACAGGCAUGCUCUUCCUCCUGGUUAUGUUCUAAAAUCUCAAAUGAAGGCUCUGCUAGAGGAAGAGGCUGAUAAGAUGGCCAUUGAAGAUGAAAUCGAGGAUCAGCGGUCAAAAGUGAAGACUACAACUCCCAUGACUACAGAAUUGUUUUUACAAUGGAAGCAGAAAUUGGCGGACGAAAAAGCCGCUAACAUGGCUUCUCAGAGCAUGGAGAGAGCAAAGAAUGAUAGAAUGAGUGGACGAGAAUUAUUUAUGGCAAAUGCUAGCUUGUUUGUCGAUGAUAUUGGGGCAUGGGAGGAAUAUGAAAGGGACGAAUCUGAAAAUAAGGAGGCAAAUGGUAAAGCGGACAACGGCAGUUCAGCUCAGAAUGAUGUCCCGAGCUCCUCUUCAGGUGCAGCGAAUAAUGAUGAUGACGAGGACGAUGAGCUGGAUGACCUUGACGAUGACCUGGACGAGGACGAGUUGGAAGAGCUGGAAGCUAGUUUGUCGAAAACAUCUAUCCAAAUAAAAGAGCCAGGUCCCAGUGUGUAAAAUUAUCAAGACUCAUUACAAGUGAUGGGCUCGCGGUGGUUGACCCAAAUCAACCACUUGUACCUAAAUAACCCGAACAGCCCCGAUAGUUCUGUAAAUUAAACAGCUUGAUGGGUCUACAAUGCCGGACUUUUUUUGUUUUUGAUAGAAUUGAACUAUUGAAGGUCGAAGUUUAUGAACAAGUUUAGAAGUUUAGGGUUUCAGUUUUGGUAUGGGGCUGAUGCCUUGGAGUGGCAUGGGGGUAAACUCUUUAUGACCAAAUUUGGAGAUCUAUUCCUUUCUAGAAUUCUAGUAUACCCAUGUGGGUUUGUUUUCAUUUUACUUUGUACUUCCUCCAUUCCGGAAAUAUCGCAUCAUCUGUUUUUUACACUAUUCACAGUACGACUUUGGCCAUUUUUUGUGAUUAGUCACGUGGGGCCAUGGUAGAUUCGUAUCGAUAUAUAUUAUCUAAAUGUAUAUUACUUUUUUUUAUAAUUUUACUUGCACACGAUUUGAGA